AUGGAUCAAUUACCAUGCAACUCCAACGUUGAUGACGACGACGAGGACCAUGGUUGGACGAAAGUCGUGUCCCGGAAGAACAAAGUUUCCGGCAGGAAUGAACGACGGAUACUGACGGCGAAUAAGAUGGUUUCUGCUGAUGUAAAGGAUGAAACGAACAGUGCCGGUGAGGCGGCGGCGAGGAAUAAUGAGAAUCUCCCUAAAACUAAAAAGCCGAAACCGAACAAAGAGAAGAAACCAAACAAAGAGAAGAAACCGAUAGUGUCUUUGUCCGAAGCUAUGGCAAAGAUCGAUCAUUCAAGUCUUGCGGCUUUCCUCGCCGUAUCAUUGGAAUCGUAUUCGAAAUUGCCAGAGAUUCAGCUAUUAAGAUUUUUCACAUCGGGAGACAACUUACCGAAAUUGCCGAAAUUGCACAUCGGGAGACAACUUACCGAGGUGCAAUUCCCAUGGCUGAAGAUGUUUCCUUUGGAGGGUACUUGGCCCAAGCUUAUCGAUGUUCCAUUGUGUGAUAUUCCUGAACCUAUCUUUAAAACAUCAGUCAGUUGGAUCCUUCAACUUCCAGCGGUGACACUCGCUGGCUUUGUAGAGUGGGCGUUUUGUACUACUAUCGUUCAUUUGGAAGCACAACAAAAAGGUGCCAAAUCUGGCAAGAUUGGUGAACAACCUACUUCUCCCAAACCUCAUAUGCCAAUAUUUGUUACAUUAACAAUGGUAUUGCGGAAGAGACCUAAUGCUUUGACUUUAGCAUUGGAGCCUAUUAGGGAGAGCAAUUUUUCUCAAGGACAGGAAAGGCUUCCGCUUUCAGUUUGGAUGAUGGCUGUGGCCUCCCAGGGUAAUUUAGGUGCAGGGUUGCUUUCAUGGGCGCACAACUUGUUACCAGUAGUGGGUAAUAAGAGCUGCAACCCUCAGUCAAGGGAUCUCAUCCUUCAGUUGGUUGAGUAUAUUGUGGCGCAUCCAAUGGCUUGGACGAUCCGUUGGAACCAAGCUAUUAUUGUGCAUGAGCGAAUGAUUCCGCCUCCUUCAUUUGAAAUCUUGCUGCGGCUUACAUUCCCUGCUUCAUCUGCCAGAGUAAAAGCUACAAAGAGGUUUGAGGCAGUUUAUCCCUCUCUGAAGGAAGUGGCUCUUACCGGUGACCCAGAAAGCAACGCAAUGAAAGAAGUCAUUCUACAGAUUUUCUCUUUGUCUUUGAAAUUAGCUGGAGAAGGAAACCCUGCUUUAGCCAAGGAAGCUACUGAAAUAGCUAUCUGGUCUGUAACUGAAAACGUUGAUUGCUGGAAGGACUGGGACAGUCUCUAUAAGAAGAAUAUAGAAGCUAGUGUUGCUCUUCUUAAGAAUCUUGUGGACGAAUGGAAGUAUCUUUCCCUCAAACUAUUGUCAUCGCCGACAAAUACUCUCACUCUCAGUCAAACUAUUAAGAGCUUCAGGCUGAAAAACGAAAAAGCCAUCACUAAAGGAAAAGCCAAUGCUACUCUUUACAAAGAGGCUGACAAGUCCUGCCAAUUGAUCUCGCGGAGACUCCCCUAUGGAAGGUACAAACAUUACUGCCUCAAAGCUACUGCUGUGGUUCUAGCUGCUGCAGGAGCAGGAGCCACUGCUGCAGUUGUUCUAUCUUUCAACCCGGAGCUUAAGAACUUCUGGUGA